AUGAAAAUAAGGCCCUUUGAUAACAACACAGAAAUUAAAACUGGUGACAUACACCUGGGAGAUAACUGUCCUGUAACAAGACUGUUGCCAUUUAACUAUGAGUUUUCUUAUCCUGUCACUUCUUGUGGGAUCAAGAAAAUUAUGUUCCAAAGAAAUGAUGUUGCUAUAUUAUCAGAGAUCAGUUACAGACCAGUGCUGCGUACUACCUAUAAAUUUCCAGUGGUUUGCUUUGUAAAGAGGCUUAAAUUCCCAUCUGUGAGGCAUUUUGGAAUGAGUGGAUUUGAUGUCAACACAUUGAAAGAUAUCACUCAAAACACAGAAGAACAAGAGUCAUCAGCUCCCACACAAAGUAAAACAUGUAAACCUCAUUUUAGCAGUGUUAAUUAG